ACUCCAGUCAAGUGACCAACACAGACACUUGACUGUCCUCAGCCACCUUCCCUGAACAACAGAAUUACAUUGCCUUAAAUAGGGUUUUUUGUCCCCUUAUCACAUUCCACAGACAUUAGUCAUGGUCAGAGGUACUGGAAAAGGUUUCCACAGAAUGCAUCACAUCAAACCUUUUUUUUACAUGGUACAAGAUAUACUAAAAACAUUGUCCAUUUGUUUUAUCUCCAAAUAGACCACCCUUGCUCUGUUCGCUGCUUCCUCUGUCAUUUGGUCCCUCAUAAACAUAGGUAAUUUGUUUACAAAGAUGUGACUGUUUAUUUCUCUCUUCCUUUAUUGCCUCCUCCCCCAUAAACAUUGGUCAUUUGGUUUAUGGCAUCUCACUGUCAAAGAUAUCUCUCUAGCUCCUUCACUUGGGAGACAAUGUUAUCUCACACACCCCGCAACCUGAGGAAAGCCUAAUUUGAGACUAAAUAUAAGCUGUAAGCUAGCCCAGAAGCCAAUUUAAUAUCUUCUUAUAUUUUUAACUAAAAUUCGGCUUCAUCAACAGAGUCCGAAACAACCACCGGCUCAAUAACCAACCUGGCAACUACACGAUCUGAGACAACAACUGGAAUACCGACCGCAAUGUCUACCACAACUACUGACCCAUCCACAGGACAGUCCAGCUCAAUUGACAGACAGUCGUCCACAGUGCUGGAAACAACAACCUAUCCAUCAACAACAAUGUACAGCACAACAGGGCCCCCGUCUACCACACUAUCGAGCAAAACCACCAGAAUGACAUCCACACUGCCUGAAACAACAGCUAGCCCAUCCACGACACCGCCCAUCACAUCAACCAGUCCAUCAACAACUAUCUCCAGCACAACAACAAUCAUGUCCACCAGCUCAACAACGAGCCUGGCAACUAUACAAUCUGAUACAACAACUACACCAUUGACCACAAUGUCUUCCACAACUACUGACCCAUCCACAGGACAGUCCAGCACAACUGACAGACAGUCGUCCACAAUCCCAAAAACAACAAUCAAUCCAACAUCCAUCCCGUCCACAAUAACAACAGGCCCAUCAACAACACAGUCGAGCACGUUAUAUACAACAUCGACUGACCAAUCGUCCAAACAAUCCAGCACAUUGUCCACAAAGUCAGUAACUACCACUGGCUCAAUGACAACUCUCUCCAGCACAACAUCCAUACUGCCAACCACAUCUGCAGAAACAACAUCCAAUCCACUGACCACCAUCUCCAGCACAAUGACCAUUCCAUCGACAACACUCUUCAGCACAUCAACCGCUGGCCCAUCGCCAACACUGUCCAGUACGACUGCCAGUCCUUCAAUUACAUUGUAUACAACAUCGACUGACCAAUCGACCAAACAUUCCAGCACAUUGUCCACAGAGUCCGGAACAACCACCGGCUCACCAACAACUCUCUCUCACAUAACGAACAGCCCUUCAAGUACAUUUUUUGAAACAACUUCCAAACUGUCAACCACAAUCGCAAAAACAACAGCUCGUUCACUGACCACCAUCUCCAGCGCAACGACAGUUCCCUCCACAAUAUGGUCAAGCUCUUCAACCAGCCCAACGAUCACGUCCACCGGCUCAACAACGAGCCUGUCGACUACACAAUCUGAAACAAAAACUACACCAUUGACCACACUGUCCACCACAAUUACUGACCCAUCCACAGGACAUUCCAGCACAACUGACAGACAGUCGACCACAGUGCUGAAAACAACAACCUAUCCAUCAACAACAAUGUACAGCACAACAGGGCCCCCGUCUACCACACUAUCGAGCAAAACCACCAGAAUGACAUCCACACUGCCUGAAACAACAGCUAGCCCAUCCACGACACCGCCCAUCACAUCAACCAGUCCAUCAACAACUCUCUCCAGCACAUCAUCCAUACUGCCAACCACAUCUGCAGAAACAACAUCCAAUCCACUGACCACCAUCUCCAGCACAAUGACCGGUCCCUCCACAACACUCUUCAGCACAUCAACCGCUGGCCCAUCGCCAACACUGUCCAGUACAACUGCCAGUCCUUCAAUUACAUUGUAUACAACAUCGACUGACCAAUCGACCAAACAAUCCAGCACAUUGUCCACAGAGUCCGGAACAACCACCGGCUCACCAACAACUCUCUCUCACAUAACAAACAGCCCUUCAAGUACAUUUUUUGAAACAACUUCCAAACUGUCAACCACAUCUGCAGAAACAACAGCCCAUCCACUGACCACCAUCUCCAGCGCAACGACAGUUCCCUCCACAAUACGGUCAAGCUCUUCAACCAGCCCAACGAUCACAUCCACCAGCUCAACAACGAGCCUGUCGACUACACGAUCUGAAACAAAAACUACACCAUUGACCACACUGUCUACCACAAUUACUGACCCAUCCACAGGACAGUCCAGCACAACUGACAGAGAGUCGACCACAGUACCGAAAACAACAACCUAUCCAUCAACAACAAUGUACAGCACAACAGGGCCCCCGUCUACCACACUAUCGAGCAAAAUGACUAAAAUGUCAUCCACAGUGUCUGAAACAACCACUGGCCCUUCCACCACGCUGUCCAGCACAAUGACCGGUCCAUAUACAAUACUCUCCAGCACUGUGACCAACCCAACUAUCCUGCCCUCUCGCUCACCAACCAGCCUGUUGACCACACAACCUGAAACAACAGCCAGACCAUUGACAGCACUGACCAGCACAACUGCCAGGCCACUGACCACUUUCUACAGCACAUCGACUGACCAAUCAACCACACAAUCCAUUAUAUCCUCAAGUACGUUGCCCACUGUGUCUGAAACAACCACCAGUUCAUUAGCAACUCUCUCUACCAGCCCUUCAAAUACAUUCUCUGAAACGACAACCAGGAAAUCAACAACACUCUCGCGCACAACACCCAGAUUUUCGGCAACAUCAUCAGAAGCAACCCUGGGCCCAUUGAACACCAUCUCUAGCACCAAGACCGGUCCAUCAACAAUAUUCUCCAGCACAUCAACCAGCCCGACACCGACACCCUUCAGCUCAACAACCGAGCUGCCAACCGUGCUCUCCAGCACAAUGACUGUUCCGUCUACAGCGCUCCCUCGCACCUCAACCAGUCCGCAAAUUACGUUCAUCGGCUCAACAACCGGCCCAUUAACUACAUUGUCUGAAACAACAAAUGGCCCACUGAGAACACUGUCCAGUUCAAUGGCCAGCUCUAACACUGCAUUAUCUGAAACAACACUUGACCCAUCAACAACAGUGCCCACCACAAAGACUGGCCUAUCCACCGAAGAAUUCAGUACAACCUCCAGUUUAUUGACCUCUGUGCCAAAAGCAACAACUGGUUCAUUGACAACAAUGUUUAACCCAACGUCUGUCACACAGUUCAGCAAAGCAACCAGCCCUUCAACCACAUUGUCUGAAACAUCGGUAUUAAUAACGUCUGGAGAAACAACAGCCAACCCAUUGAGAACUACCUCCAGCACAGUGACCAAUCCAUCUACCAGUACAUCCAUAAGCACAUCGGACACGUUCUCCAUCUCAACAACUGGUCUGUCAACCACAUUGUCAGAAACAACGACCAGGCCAUUCAAAACGAUGACCAGUGCAACAGCCAGUCUGAAUACUGCCUUCACAAAAGCAACAACUGGUCCGUUGAUAACACUAUCUAACAUAACAGACCUUCCACCAACAACACUGUACAGCACACCCAUCAAAUCGUUGUCCACCUCAACACACCUACCAUCAACAACAAUGUCCACUACAACAGGAUCUUUGAUUCCACUGUUGAGCAGAACUACUAAUCCAUCAACUAUGUUGUCCAGCAUAAUGACAAGCCAAUCAACUAAACAGUCCACCACAACCACCAGCCAAUUGUCCCAAGUUACCGAAACAACAACCAACCCAUUGACAAUGCUGUCCGGAACAACUGGUGUGCUAACCACAAUGCAUGAAACAACAACCGGUCCACCAACAACUCUGUUCACCCCAACUGGCAGGCCAUUGACAACAACUGCUUCAUUGACAACAAGAUACAACACAAGUAGCCUCCCAUCUACUGCAUUGUUCAGCAAAAUGACCAGGUCAUCGACUACUUUGCCUGUUAAACCAGACCGAUCGACAACGCUGUCCAGCAUUACAUCCAGUCCUUCAAACACAUUGGCUAUUACGACUAGCCAAAUGACUAAACAAUCUAGCACAACCACCAGCCCAUCAUCUACAGUGUCUGAAAUAAGCAGCCCAAGCAUAUUGUCCACCACACCAGGCCGCACAUCAAUCUCACUUCCCAAAACAACAGUCAGCCCAUCCACAAUACCUUCAAGUACAAUAUCUGGUAUGUUGACCACAUUGCCGGAAGCAACAAAAAUAUCAACCACAAUGUUGAGCAUAAUGACACAAAACUCAACAAAAGGCUCAUCGACAAAACCGUUUUCAACAACAGGCUCAUUGACAACACUGUCCAGUGUAACGGCUGGUCUAUCAACCAUAUUGUCCAGCACAGCAUCUAGCCAACCAGGAAUAACCACCAGACCAUCAACCACAUUGUCUCAAAUUUCAACCGGUCCAUCAACAACACAAUCCAGCAGAACAACCCUCCUGCCCACCACAAUGUCCAAAGCAUCAGCCAGUCCAUCAACUGCACAAACUAGGACAAUGACUGACUUCUCAUCAACUCUCUCCAGCACAACAACCAGUCCGUUGACCAUUUUGUCUGGAACAACCUCAGGCCCAUCAACAACACCCUCAAGCACAGUAUUCAGCCCUCUGACCACCUUUUCUGAAACAACAAAAAGUCCUUUGACCGCAAUGCCUGACAUAUCGACCAGCCCAUUGACCAUGUCAUCCAUCGCAACCACUGACAUACCACCGAAUCCAUCAAAUACACUAACCAGCAUGACUAUUACCACCUCAACCAUGCCUUCAUCAUCACACCCUCCCGCCACGGUGACUAGCACAAUAACUACACUGUCAAGUGCAUUAACUGCUACAUCACGCAGUCCAUCCAAUUCUUCAGUGAGUUUGUCAACUGUCAUGACCAGUCCAAUAACCGAGUCAGCCACUCCAAGAACCCAGUUGACCAGCUUGUCAACCAAACUCACCAGGAGUCCUUCCACAAUAUUGACUGUGACAGCCAGUGUACCAUUCAGCACUUCAGUGGAAUCAACGAGUAGGCAACCCAAAACCUCGGCUGCACCAGUGAACACUUCAAUCAGCACUUCGAGCAAGCCAGCCACAACAACCAAGACAACCACAGCAAGUACAACUCAUUCCGAUUCAUUUAGUACAACUGUGAAGCAAUUCGUGCCAACAACAGUCACAAUAGAAAAGACCACAAAGAAACAUCCAUGCCUGAAUGGAGGGACCUGGAAAAAUGGAGAAUGUGACUGCAAAGAGCCCUAUGAAGGGCUCAUCUGUGAACGUAUAAAAGAUGACAUUGAUGUUGGUGAUGUUGAGGCCACCGUUAACGUCUCACUCAAGAUAACAAACAAAGAAUUUUCCAAUGACCUGCAAAACGAAACAUCGGAUUCAUACAAAGAAUUCUUCCUUGAAUUUCAUAAAGAGAUGGACAAAAUUUAUGUCAACAUGCCUGGAUACGAAGGAGUAAGGAUUGUAAACAUUAGCCAAGGCUGCAUCAUUGUGGAACACGAGGUUAUUCUCUCCAUGAACAUCUCAGACGGAAUUUCUCCUGAAGUUCUCAAUCAGCAAGUCAAAGAGAUUGAAACAAUUCUAACAAGUGUAAAUUCAACAGGCAACUACACUGGAUUUAAUUUUGACACUUCCAAAUUAGAAGUGAAAGAAGGUGGUGUGCGUGGUAAGGCUUGUAGCUUAUUACUUUGUUACUGCAAAUUUAAGGUUGUGUUCUAG